UUUCAGGCGGCGUAGCGCAUUCCGCUCCUUGACACAGGAAGAGAUUUUGAUUAACCUCUGGGGUGGACUACUAAUAUUAAUUUUUAUUUGAUUUGUCUUCACUGUUGAAGGUGAGAUUCAGAAGGAAGCUGCGGAGUUUUCUUGUUGGAUUCCAGCCGGUUCCUGUCUUUGAAGAUGAAUACUGCCAGAUACCAUGGUACAAACCAGGAGCGGGUAGUGUUCCUAAACUCCAAAGAGAAGUCCGCUCAGAAAAAGACCGGCAUCGUGGUUGCCAUUCUUGUGGCGCUCUUGGUCCUCUUGGCUGUUGCAGCAUUCCUCAUUUGGUUCUUCGUCUUUAAAGUUGAUGAUCCCAAAAACACCCACAGCAUGCUUUUAAAUCCAAAAGUGAAGGUUUUCAGUGGUCAUAUGAAACUGGAUGGUGUUAACUAUGACGAAGAGCUGGAGGACACGACCAGCCAAAAGUUCAAGGACUCAGCUGAAAAACUGGAAAGUCUUCUUGGUGAAUACUACAACAAUGAUCCGCUGCUUACGAAUUAUUACAAAGAAUCUGUAGUCACUGCAUUCAGUGAAGGAGUUCUAGCGUAUUACUGGUCCCGAUUUGAAAUUCCAGUCGCCGACCUGGAGAUUGCGGCAGAGGUCUCAGAGGAGCGGGUUUUGAACCUGCUGGAGGAAGCCAUCACGAUACAAAGCCCUAAGAGGAGCGUUAACGACAUCAAGGUUACUUCAAUUACUUGUUCAUUCACAGAUGGUCGUAUGGCCAGGAAACCCACAGCGGAGGACUGUUUCUACCGUCUGGAAGCAGAUGAGGCUGCGAAAAACUUUUCAUCCCCAGGGUACCCCGAUCGCUACCCACCAAAGUCUUACUGUCAGUGGCAAAUCCGAGCCGCAAGGGAGAACACCAUAUCAGUCAGUUUUCCAGUUUUCCACGUUGAAGACGACUGCAAAGAUGACUUUGUCCAAAUUUUUGACUCUCUGAGUCCUGACGACUCUCAGGCGAUCACAUUACAAUGUGGCAAAAGGCCUUCCUCGAACCCCCUGAGUGUCGUGUCAUCUGGUAACAUAAUUCUGAUUAGCUUCAUUGCCGACAAUUCUGUCCAGCAGCCAGGAUUUGAGGCAGAGUACAAAGUCAUACCCAAGGCUCAAGUUCUCCAGUGCGGCGGUGACUACACAGCAAAUACAGGAAAAUUCACAUCUCCACUUUACCCCAGCUUCUAUCCUAAUGCCAUGGACUGCAAGUGGACCAUCAGGGUCUCACCAGGGGAAAAGAUACGUGUGAGGUUCAACAUGUUCCGCUUGAAAGAGCCGAAAGUAGAUGUUCGCAAGUGUCACAAAGACUAUGUGGAAGUCAUGGGGAAGAGAUAUUGCGGGGAACUGUCGUCUUUGAGUCUGACCAGUACGACUAAUGUCUUAGAGGUGACGUUCCACUCCGAUGAAUCCUAUACAGACAAGGGCUUCAGUGCAGAGUACAGCUCCUACAGUCCUUCAAACCCUUGCCCUGGCGAGUUUGCCUGCAACAAUGGUAUGUGCAUCUCAACAAAUCUGAGGUGUGACGGCUGGAACGACUGCGGCGACACGAGUGACGAGAAGGGUUGCAAGUGUGGCAGUGACCAGUUUAAUUGCAGUAAUGGUUUGUGCAAACCAAAAAUGUGGUUGUGCGAUCAUAGCAAUGACUGUGGAGAUGGGAGCGAUGAGAAACAUUGCAGUUGUGAGCCAAAUGAGUGGCGGUGUGGAAAUGGAAUUUGUCUGGACCAAAGUGUUAGAUGCGAUAAUAAGAGAGACUGUGAGGAUGGCAGCGACGAGGCAUCAUGCGAGUCCUCCCCAGAUUUGUGCUCCAUCUACAGCUUUAAGUGCACCAACGGGCAAUGUGUAAACAAGGUGAACGCCGAGUGCGAUCGUGUCAACGACUGCUCUGAUGACUCUGAUGAAGCUUUUUGCGAUUGUGGCACCAGGCCUUUCAAGUUGAACCGUAUUGUAGGAGGGCAGAAUGCUGAACACGGGGAGUGGCCCUGGCAGGUCAGCCUUCACUUCCAGACGAUGGGCCACGUUUGCGGCGCCUCAGUCAUCUCUGACAAGUGGCUCCUGUCUGCCGCUCACUGUUUUCAAGUCCCACGCUCCCCAGCCCACCUUGAACCAGCCAGCUGGACUACUUACAGUGGUUUGCAGACCCAGCAGCAGAUAUGGGACGCACUGAUGCGUAAAGUGAAGAGGAUCAUCCCCCACCCAGAUUAUAACUUGUUUACUAAUGACUAUGACAUUGCACUGCUAGAGCUCAGUGAGCCUCUGGAGUUCAGCAACACCAUCCAGCCAAUCUGCCUCCCCUCAUCCUCCCACGUCUUUCCUGCAGGAAUGUCAUGCUGGGUCACGGGCUGGGGCACGCUCCGGGAAGGAGGUAACUUGGCGACUGUGCUGCAAAAGGCGUCGGUGAAAAUGAUCAACGACACAGUGUGCGAACAAGUGAUGCAGAGCAUGAUCACCAGCAGGAUGCUCUGCAGCGGAUUCCUUUCGGGAGGAGUUGAUGCGUGCCAGGGAGACUCCGGAGGCCCCCUGGUGUGUUUUGAGGAGAGCGGGAAAUGGUUUCAGGCCGGCGUUGUGAGCUGGGGCGAGGGCUGCGCCCGUCGGAACAAGCCUGGAAUCUACACCCGCGUCACCAAGCUCCGAAAAUGGAUCAAAGAGACCACAGGUGUAUGAUGACGAAGAUGAUAUGAGGCGCAGGGACGUGGGAACAUCGGAGUGCUAAAAAAAAUGCUCCAGAAGGAGCAAUUUAGUAUGAUUUAUAAAAAGCCAGGUCUCUUUGGGCUUUCGUCAUCUAAAAGCCAGCUGAGCUAACUGUUGUAUGGAGGUUCAUAUGAAUGACUUUAAGCACUUUAUUUGGUUGCCGACCUCCCACAGGAACUCCCCAGACUCAGGUUUUAUACACUAUUUUUUUUCCUAGUUUUUAAGCUGUGUCAUGUUGCCUUCUCUUCAAAUAAUACCUAACUGGUGGAUACACAUUACAAAAUGUACAUUGAAAGAUUUGAAAAAAACUUUUUCUACUACUUUCUGGGCUUUUUUUUUCUUUUAUAUUUAUGUACAAUGUCAUUACCUUCAUAAUUGAUUCCAUUUCAGUAUAAACAGAUUUAAUCUCCCUUACCAGCAGAGAGUUAAUGCUCCAGCAUUCUGUCACAGCUUUAAAAUUACAUUUAAAAUUUAAACGAAACCGCACAUUUGAGGGGGGAAGAAAAACUAAAACCGACAUAGCCAAUAAGAAAAAAAUGGACCAACACCAUCUAUGUACAUUCAUUUUCGUGUUAUGCUUAGAAUGCAUAAAUACCAGGAGUGGGAGGGAAUGGAAGGCAGAAAUUGCAUUAAUCAAUCUAAAAGCCUGUGAUUUGCUCUGGAAAGAAGCCAGCAGUUAAAGUAUGCCAGAUUUGUAAUUGGUUGGCCAAACUACGCAAAAGUAUCAGCCCGUUCCUGGAGUGAUUUUUUUAUUUUUUCUUCCCAUCCCUAUUUUUCUGCUUUUGUAUUUACAUGUUCACUGGCUUUUGUAAAUGAUUUGACAAGAUAUUUUAUUCUAACGGGUCUGUGGAGGUUGAGCAGAUUCAGCUGGUUUAAGCAGAUGUCUCUGAUUAAAGCUCAGGGUGAUGGGUAUCUUUUGUAUUGGAUGACAAAGAGUUAAACCAAAGCUAAGUGCAUUUCGACUCAAAACCAGUUUGACAGUUUGAUGGUUGUUAUUUCUGACUUGCUUUGGAACCAUAAACUAGUAAAACUAAAGAUGUAAAAGUGCAUUUUAUGCUGAAAGUAUUAGGGAGGACUAGGCAUGGGCUGGUAUGUAGUUUUCUCUGUAUGAUGAGUUUGAGUAAAAAGGAAAAACAAAUAUUGAAACAAAACUGUUUGAUAUAAUCUUUCAAAACAGAAAACAAGAAAAACAAACUAUUCAUAAUGUUGCCAAAUGACAUAAGCAUACUAUUAUACACAUAAUUAAAGAUGCACCAAUCACAUGGACAUUACCAAUUUCUGGUUUUCUUUGUCAAUCACUGAACAAGGGAAAAUUGUCAUACAAAAUGUUGCGUGCAGGCGGAAGCUGACUUUGUAACUCCAUCUCCAUAGUGAGCCAUUGUAGCAGAAGCAUCAUGCAAGAAGAAUGCCAUCUUCUACAGAGAUGGAAGUAAAUGCAGAGCACCACAGGAAAACAUGUCAGAGGCUGAAUAAGGGUUGAGAUUGGGGCAGAGCAAUAUCAUUCAGGAGGACGUAAACCCUUAUCCUGAAACUAAAGUUAAAAUGGAAUUGUUUUGAUCAAAGUAAAACUGGCCAUCUUUUGUUAUAAUGGCGUCUGUAACAUUUCAUAAUCAUUUUGAUUGAGGCAAAGAUUAAGCAAAAUGUAGGAUGAACCCCUGCUAAAUUUAGCAUUGGUUUUCAAGUGCUUACAGAAUAUUAUACGUUUUGGUGCUCUGCUUAGUGAAACUUUGAAUUACAAUCUUUGACUGUCUGUGAAACCAUCUUGCAGUCGUUGUUCAACAACCAUUUGAAGCUUUUAUCAGAAUGAUGCUGAUUUUUUUUUGUUUGUUUGUUUUUUCUUCUAAUGCAUGUUAUGCUUUUUCUUUUCUUCUUUUUUCAACCCAGCCAACUGACAUGUGAUGCUCUGUGCCCCUGCAUAUGAUUAAUGCAGGGUUACUUUGUCUUUAAAAAUGGUGUCAUGGGACGUUUUAGCUGCUUUUAACCCAGUUACAUUUUAAACUUCUGUAUACCUUAGUUCUGAUUACCAGGCCACGCCUAGAAGGGACAGUGAUUUUGAAAUUCUUUUUUUCUUACUAAGUGCCUGGACUCGGACUUGCUUCCAUUAUUUACCUGUUGUUUUUAAUCUGUUUUUUUUUAAUGAAAUAAUUAUGUUAAUAAACCUCUUUUAUCGGAUUCUCCUAUGUCUAAAUAAAUCACCUGCUUUACCAGUAUUUGACA